UGCCUACAAAAAGAUGCCAUUACUAAUUCUCGCUUGAACCUACACCGGAAGUACUUCCUAUAACCUUUCACACCUCGAUCUGUUCAAAAGUGGCAUGAGGCUGGCGGGCUAGCAGCAACGUUUGUUUACACUGAAGACUACUGGAUCAUAUUUUGCUUUCUAUAGGGCGAAUCUCAUCAGUCCCUCAGUGUCAGAGAUGCCGUCCGCCAUGGGACCCAGCACUCCUGCUGCUGCCCUGGCCGAAGCGCUGGAGAGCUCUGGUCGGAUCAUAGACCAACACCUUCAGGAAGACCGCUGCUUCCCUGACCUCUCAGAGCUUCUUAAUGUCCCCUCUCACAACAUGCCAUCUUUGUCUGGGGGGUCGGACAUGGACUACCCUCUUCAGGAACCUGGGCUGCUCAGUGUGCCAAACCUCCCUGAGCUCAGUGCAGUCCGCAGGGUUCCCCUACCUCCUGAGCUGGUGGAGCAAUUCAGCCAUAUGCAGUGCAAUUGUAUGAUGGGAGUUUUUCCUGAAAUCUGUCGGGCGUGGCUCACCAUUGACAACGAUAUCUUCAUGUGGAAUUAUGAGGAUGGGGGGGACGUUGCAUAUUUUGACGGCCUCAGUGAAACCAUCCUGUCCGUGGGGCUGGUCAAACCUAAAGCAGGGAUUUUCCAGCCACACAUCCACUUCCUGUUGGUCCUAGCCACUCCUGUGGAUGUGGUGAUCCUGGGGCUCAGCUUCCCUAAAGCUCAGGCAGGGUUGAAUGACAGCAUGUCUGGAGGGAUGCAGUUGCUCCCAGACCCGCUGUACUCCAUCCCCACAGACAACACCUACCACCUGGCCAUCACCUCCACCGAUCUGGGACGCAUCUUCCUGGCAGGGAAAGAUGGCUGCCUGUAUGAGGUAGCCUACCAGGCCGAGGCAGGCUGGUUCAGCCAACGAUGCAGGAAGAUUAACCACUCCAAAAGCAGCCUGUCCUUCCUCGUCCCCUCUCUGCUCCAGUUCUCCUUCUCUGAGGACGACCCGGUUGUGCAGAUUGCCAUUGACAACUCUCGUAACACUCUCUUCACCCGCUCAGAGAAGGGGGUUAUACAGGUGUAUGACCUGGGUACAGAUGGGCAGGGUAUGAGCCGUGUGGCGGCCAUGUCACAGAGUUCUAUCGCAGCUGCAGCAGGAAACAUUGCCAGGACCAUAGAUCGCUCUGUGUUUAAACCCAUCGUACAGAUCUCUGUGAUAGACAGAUUUGAGUCCUCCGACUGCCACCUGCUGGCUGUCACUCACGCAGGAGUGCGUCUCUACUUCAGCACCACUCCCUUCGCCCCACCACAUGCCAAGCACCCAGUGGCACGCCCUAAUCUGCUAGCUCUGGUCCAUGUCCGCCUGCCUCCAGGCUUCUCUGCCUCCUCCACCCUGCAGAAGCCUGCCAAGGUCCACAAGGCUCUGUACAGCAAAGGAGUUCUCCUGAUGACAGCGUCUGAGACUGAGGACAGUGACAUCCUGUGGUGUAUCAACCAUGACUCAUUUCCCUUUAAGAAACCCCUGAUGGAGGCCCAGAUGAUGUCCAAUGUAGAUGGCCACUCCUGGGCGCUAUGUGCCAUCGAGGAGGAGAAAGCACCUAAAAUCUCUACCCCCCUGAAUAAUGAUCAGGUUCCCCUCACUGCCUCUCCUGUCGUGGUGCAGCAACACAAUGUCCCUCCACAGAAGUUUGUCCUUCUUUCUGCCAAGGGAAGUCACAUCUUCCACAAGUUGCGGCCGGUGGACCAGCUGCGCCACCUACUGGUGAGCAGUGCUGGUGGAGAGAGUGAAGAAGUCGAACGCUUCUUCAAACUGCACAGGGAGGAGCAGGCAUGUGCCACUGCUCUGAUUCUGUCCUGCUCCAGUGCUGCCAGCGACAGAGAGGUGUCACAGUGGGCCACCAGAGCCUUCUUUAGAUAUGGAGGAGAGGCUCAGAUGAGGUUCCCCUCGUCUCAUUCUGCUCCUAGCAACGUUGGAGCGCUUUUCGGCUCUCCUGUACCAGGUUCCCCUAUGCCUGUUGGUAGCAGCCCCAUGCCUAACCCUAGUUUCCUAGCUACGCCGGCUCCAGGUAUGAUGCCCCAGAGUGUGUCUACGCCCUAUGUACCACCCUUGCCCUCCGCCCCAAUCACUGGCAUGUCCUCUGGGCCAGAGGUGGUCUUCUCAGGGAAACACAAUGGCAUCAGUGUCUACUUCACACGCAUACUGGGUAAUAUCUGGGACGGGAGUCUUGCUGUUGAGAAGAUAAUCAUCAAAGGAAACCAGGCUGUCAGUAUUUUGGAGAGCACAGCCUGCUCAUCUCAUCUGGAGUCAGUUCUUCUGGAGCUCCGUGGUCUGAAGGACUUCCUGGAUAAGAACUCCCAGUUCAGCCCCUCAUCUCUGGGUGCAGCCAGUUUCAGCUCCCCAGCCAAUCUGCAGCAGCGGCUGCUAGGUUUCAUGCGGCCUGAUGGAGGAGCCAGUUCUCAGCAGGAACUCCAGAGGAAGUACCACACCGAGGCUCAGGUCUAUGAGAAGAUGUCCCUGCAGUGUAUCCAGCAGCUGGUGCAUCGCUCCUGUCAGACCCUGGCCCUGUGGAAGCUGCUGUGUGACCACCAGUUCAGCCACGUCAUCUCUGAACUACCCAAGGAGUUCCAGGAUCAGGUGAAGGGGGUGAGUUUUAAGGACGUGGUGAUCCGGGGUCGGGAGCUGUCCGGAGCCCUGAUCACAGCCCUCAUCAACGUCUACAUCAAAGACUCUGCCUCUGUAGAUUCCAUUAGCACCCACCUCAGAGACAUCUGCCCCCUACUGUACAGCAAUGACGACAGCGUCUGCUCAAAGGCUAAUGAGUUGCUGCAGGGCUCCAGACAGAUCCAGACUAGGACAGAUAAGGAGAGAACACUGAGAGAGUCACUACAGCUCUACCAGCUGAUCAGCCAUCACACAGACCUGCCACUGGUCUGCUCCCAGUACAGACAGGUGCGUUUCUAUGAGGGGGUGCUGGAGCUGUGCCUGACUGCAGCGGAUAAGAAGGAUCCUCAGAGGCUGGGACCUCACUUCUAUAAGAAUGGAGAGCCAGAGGAGGACCAGGCUGGAGCACUGGCCUUUCAGGAGAGGUUGUCAUGUUAUAAGUGCAUCACAGAUACCAUGCAGGAGCUGGUGAACCAGAGUAAAGCUGCUCCUCAGUCUCCCAGCGUCCCUAAGCAGCCAGGACCCCCUGUCAUGACCUCUGACCCCAACAUGCUGAGCAAUGAGGACGCUACCGCCCACUUUGAGCAGAUUAUUGGUCUGGCCCAGAAGUCACAGGAUGAACUCUUCCACAUAGCCCUCUAUAACUGGCUGAUACAGGCUGACCUCACUGACAAGCUUCUGGAGGUGAACUCUCCUUACCUGGAGGAACACCUGAUGCACAUGAUCAAACAGGAGCAGAGUAAGGUGCGGAACAUGGACCUGCUGUGGAGAUACUAUGAGAAGAGCCGCAGCUUUGGCAAGGCAGCUCACGUCCUGGCCAGGCUCGCUGACAUGCUCAGUACUGAGAUCUCUCUGAAGCAGAGGCUGGAGUACAUCUCCAGGGCCAUCCUGUCAGCCAAGAGCUCCUCCUGCAUCUCUGCCCAGGGAGCUGAGGGGGAGUUCCUGCACGAACUGGAGGAGAAGAUGGAGGUGGUCCGUAUUCAGGUCCAGAUCCAGGAUACUCUGAGCAGACAGUACUCCAAGCAUCCCUCUGUACAGGGAGCUGUGUCACAACUAGAUUCAGAGCUUAUGGACAUCACCAAGCUGUAUGGGGAGUUUGCAGAUCACUUCCGUUUGUCUGAAUGCAAGCUGGCCAUCAUCCACUGUGCGGGCCACUCUGAUCCCAUCCUGGUGCACUCUCUGUGGCAGGAGAUCAUGGAGACGGAGCUGGGUGACGGUGUGGCCAUGAGUCCAGCCGACAGGAUGAGAGCUCUGAGUCUCAAACUGGUGUCUCUGGGAAAGAUCUAUGCUGGAACACCCAGAUACUUCCCUCUAGAAUUCCUUGUGAAGUUUUUGGAACAGGAGGUGUGUCGUCUGAACUGGGACGUGGGCUUCGUCACGUUCACCAUGCAGGAGAUCGGCGUACAGCUGCCCCGUCUGCUGGAGGUCUACGACCAACUCUUCAAGACACGGGAUCCGUGUUGGCAGCGUCUGAAAAAGCCUCUCCACCUGGUAGAGUGUAUCCAUGUGCUGCUGUCAGGAUACGUAGAGGAUCCCAGCAAAGUACCAACAUAUGACCGACGGCGGUUCACUAAUGUGUGUCUGGAUAACAUCUGUGGUUACCUGGUGGAGCUGCAGUCCCUGAGUCCCAACUCUGCCCUGCAGCUCACCAUCGGCAACUUCAAGGCCCUGCAGGCCAAGCUGGAGAAAGUUCACUGAGGAGGUCUCCAAGAGUCAGGGGUCACAGGAGGAUCCGCGAUUAAAGGAACAGAAUGAGACUGCUACUAUUGGAGUGCUAAAUACAGAGACCUCAAGAUUGAUAGAGGUUUACAGUUCUAAAUAACAUGAUUUGAACGAUUCCCUUCCUCUCUUUGUAGAUCUUCUGUUGUGGCUGAUUUCUGAUAGUGGAGUGACAUUGAGAAUACAGUUUGGUCUAUGUCUGCAGUUACGUCUCAAAGGACUAACACCCCCGCAUUUCUCAUGAAGAGGGGGGUAUUGACCAGCUCGCUCUACACCCCUAUCUUCAGAUGUUUUACAUCCUGUUUUUAACUUAUUUUAUAAGUACAGUAUGCAUUUUGUUUUGUGAACAAUAAUCCUAGAAGUUAUGUUAAAAAGAGGUGAGGACACUUAUUGGUGUCUGAGUGAAUUGUAUUGGUCUCACAAAAAUGUAUGUUGGGCAAACAUGAACUGUUGUUCAGACACCGACUGGGAGAGUACAAUACUUUACAGGGAUGGGAUCUUCAUUUAAACCCACAUCAUGGAGUUACUGUACUUCUCAUGUGGGUCAAAUCUAGAAUGUACGUAUGUUGAGGAGAAAUGCACUUACAUGAUUGCUCUGAUGGCUUGGUCAUUUUGUUUAAACUUAAAUCCACUUGCUGGAAAUCCUGCUGAUGUCAUUCCUGACAGUGUCUUUUCCUCUACAUGCCAUGAUUCAGUCAUAAGUAUUGCAAUUUGUUACAUGGAUAUUGUGAUUUGAGGACGCUGUCUUAAUCACUCCGCUCAUUUAAGCCCCUUUUUAAUCCCCCCCAGAUGUCAAGAAGACGUUGUUAAGCUUAUUGUAUUUGGGUUUGUCUGUACCUAUCAACCUCUAUCUGUAAUACAAAGGGGAAUAUUCUGCCAAAGGUUUAUAACAACAAUGACAACUAAACCUUUCUUUUUA